CGUUUCUCAGCUGAGCGUCUCACGGAGAAGACCAUCAAACACAGAGGAAUCAUGUAGGAAGGUUUAAGGAGCCCGAUGAGGAAAAAUGAUCUGGAUGCAUCUGAAAAUGCCUGCGGGUGUUUACUUGCCAGCUGCAUCCGUCGCGCUCCAGAUCUUCUGGAUCUUCUUGCUGUCGGUCGUGCUCUCGCAGUCCUCAAACCCUCUGCCCAAGAAAAAGCAGAACAUCACAAUCCAGGCUUCUCAGCUGGUGUGCAGUUUACCAGGUCCACCUGGCCCUGAUGGGUAUCCCGGCGCCCCUGGAUCCCCUGGUCCCUCUGGGCGAAUGGGACCUCCUGGGAUGGAUGGACCAGACGGGAAGGAUGGUGAAAAGGGUGCGAAGGGUGAUGAAGGGGAUCAAGGGAGGCCCGGAAAUCAGGGAAAACCUGGUGUCAAAGGCAGAGAUGGUGUGAUUGGCAAGGCAGGACCAAGAGGGUUAAAGGGCCAACGUGGAUCGGCGGGACUGACGGGAAAGAGAGGACAGAAGGGAGAUGUGGGGGACAAGGGUGAGGAGGGUCACCCAGGGCGCUGCAACUGCGGCACCGCAGCCCGGUCGGCCUUCUCAGUGGCCGUCACGAAAAGCUACCCCAAGGAGAGGCUGCCCAUCCGCUUCUCCCGAGUCCUUCUGAACGAAGGGAACCACUACAACACCAGCAGCGGGAAGUUUGUCUGUGCAAUCCCUGGAGUUUACUAUUUCAGCUACGACAUCACUCUGGCCAACAAACACCUGGCCAUCGGCCUGGUGCACAACGGACAGUACAAGAUCAAGACGUUUGACGCCAACACCGGGAACCAUGAUGUCGCGUCUGGCUCUACUGUUCUCCAUCUGCAGCAGCACGACCAGGUCUGGCUGCAGAUCUUCUACUCGGAGCAGAACGGACUCUUUUUUGACCCGUUCUGGACGGACAGCACCUUCACUGGCUUCCUCAUUUACGCUGACCAAAACGUCCUCAAUGAGGCAGAUAGAGAAGCCAACGCUGAGGACAGCAGGUGAACGCUGCUUAUUCCAAGAGUCCCAAAAUGCACAGCAACAGUUGAAUCUCCUGGAGGACAAAACAGGUUUCAACUUGUUUUCUCUUCUCCGUUUCUUUUUCCUUUACAAUUAAAAUACAUUUUGUAGUUUCCAUUCCACUGGUGUUGUCAUCAAGGAUGAGGAUCAAAAUAAUACAGUCUUCAAAGCAAGACUUUCAUUGGAGAGCUUCUUUUAAAAGGCUUUUAUUUCAAAUGUGUUUUACACAAGUCUAACACGAGGGGGCGCUAAAUACAGUAAACGUUAUCACCUGCACCUUCAGUCAACAAUAUCAAACGAUUCGUGGAAUUGUUGUUUGGAUAUGAACCGUCUUUCAUUCAUUUUUUUUUUGGAAAAUAGUCUUUCAGGAAUAAGACAUCACCAGUCCGCCAAUAAAAGUGUUGUGGCAACUCUUAAACUUAUUUAAUUUUCAGUUCAUCUGUCGCGACUGUGUGUGGCAAUUAUUGCAAAUAUAAACUCGAUUUUUU